AUGGCCAGACCAAGACCAGUAUUUGAAGGCUCUGAUAUAGAACAAGAUGAACUAGAAGAUAUUUUAAGAGCUGAUAAAGGGAAUCAAAAUUCAGAUGAAGAUAGUGAUGAUGAUUUUGAUAAAUUAUCAUUUGGUGCUUUAAAAAAUGCUCAAGAUAAAAUGGAUAAAGAAGAUGGUAAAACAAAAAAGAAGAGUAAUAAUAAUAGAUCUUUUGAUAUAGUGGAUCCAAGAGUUGCUGGUCUUCAGAAGAAAUCAAAUAAAUCAACAAAAAGAGAUGCUAUAAAAGAAACGAGGUAUAAUGAUAGUGAUAGUGAAAGUGAACAAGAACAAGGUGGAUUUUUUGAAGAAGAAGAUAGUGAAGCAAGUGAUAAUGAAAAUGAAUCAAGAUCACAUGGAAAAGGAAAGAAAAAGAAUAAACAUGCACCAACUGAAACUUCUUCAAAGAAGAAAGUUUCAAGAGUAAGACAAGUUCCUGGGUUAGAUAAUCCAAAAUAUAAAACAUUAUAUCAAGAUAUUAGAUUUGAUACUGCAUUAGGUAAAGCUGAUUUAAAUAAAAUUAGAAAAGAUUAUAAAUUUUUGGAUGAAUAUAGAGAAAAUGAAAUCAAUCAAAUAAAUUCUAUAUUAAAGAAUCCAAAAGUUAAGAAUAAAAUGAGUCAAAAAGAGAUUAAUGAUUUAGAAUAUGAAGCAAAAUCAUUAAAAUCAAGAUUAGAUUCUUUAAAAAAUAAAGAUUUACAACAAGAAGUUCUUUCUAAAUAUAAACAAGAAAAUAAAGGUAAGAAUGGUGGUAAAUUUUAUUUAAAGAAAUCUGAACAAAGAAAAAUCAUUCAAAAACACAAAUUUGAAAAUAUGAAAACUUCACAAAGAGAAAAGGUUGUUGAAAGAAAGAGAAAAAGAAGAUUGGGUAAAGAAUUCAAAGAAUUGGAAUUCAAUCGUCCAAGAAAUUAG